AUGCCAAAUGUGUUAUUGACGGCCUUAGUAAUGAUCGCAUUAUACAGUGCAGUAAGUGGAGAAGAGGAGGGAGGGAAGAGGGGAGAAAAUAAAUUGAGCUGCGCACAAGUCCCCAUAGGUGACUGGAGUAUCGUCUCCUACGACAGGAAUCGAAGUGAACCCUCUGCACGACUGGCUGUUGUUCCAAAAUCGCCCACAGCUGUGCACUUCGAUGUAGAAUCAAGGUCGUUAGGUGGCGGAAAGUUCCGAGAUUUGGUCAAAUUCAAUCCAACAAAACCUGGGCCAAACCUUUUGGAUGUCUACUAUGGCGGUGACAAAGUGGAUGAGAUCUAUUAUGAGGUAAGAGUGUUAAGAGUUGCAGAAGUAAAGGUUUUUAAUGCCUGAAU